AUGAGUUUAGCCUCAUUUUCAUUCUUCCUUCAUUUUCUAAAACCUCAAAAGAAAAGCCUCUUGUUCUUAUCUAAAACCCCAAAAGCACUCGCUCCAUCUCUCUGGGUGUCUGGGCGGUGCAGACGGUUGACAUUGCUGAACAUGGUGGCUACUUGUUCAUCGCUUAACACUCUCUCAGCUUCAACCUCAGUGUUUGCAACCAAAGUGUGUCAAUGUCAAUCUCUCUAUUUGAACAAAUUCUUUCUUCAAAACAAACCUCAUACUACCCUAAGUUUCUCCAGAAAAGUCAGAAUAAUAAAAUGCACAGCCUCAACAUCACAACAGAAAGACUUGGAUAAUAAUAAUAAGAAGAAGAAAAAGAAAAAGAAAGGUGAUGAAACAGAAGAAGACGAAGAGAAAAAAGGGACAAACCCAGUUGGGUUUCUCACCAGACUUGGCAUUUCUCAUAAACAGUUUGCUCAUUUUCUCAGGGAAAGGCAUAAAUCAUUGAAGGACCUCAAAGAUGAACUCUUCAAACGAAACCUUAUGCUCAAGGACAUUGCUUAUGGAUUUGAGCUUAUGGGUUUGCAUCGUCACCCAGAGCAUCGGAUGGAUUUCAUGGAUUGGGCACCAGGUGCUCGCUACUGUUCACUAGUUGGUGACUUUAAUGGGUGGUCACCCACGGAAAACUCUGCGAGAGAGGGUCAUUUUGGUCACGAUGAUUAUGGCUAUUGGUUUAUUAUUCUUGAAGAUAAACUCAAGGAUGGAUUAAAACCAGAUGAACUUUAUUUUCAGCAGUAUAAUUAUGUGGAUGACUAUGAUAAAGGUGACAGUGGGGUUACUAGUAUUGAAGAAAUCUUCAAGAAAGCAAAUGAUGACUACUGGGAACCUGGAGAAGAUACUUUUGUAAACAGACGUUUUGAUGUGCCUGCUAAGUUAUAUGAGCAAUUAUUUGGCCCUAAUGGACCUCAGACAGAAGAAGAUUUGGAAGACAUGCGACCGCUGGAUGCAGAAACAAGAUACAAUGAAUGGAAAAAACAACAUAAAGAUGAUCCACCGAGUAACUUACCUCCUUGUAUGGUGAUUGAUGAAGGAAAAGAAUAUGAUAUAUAUAAUAUCAAAAGUGACCCUGUAUGGCUUGAGAAAAUUCGUGCUAAGAAGCCUCCCCUGCCUUAUUGGUUUGAGACACGUAAAGGAAGGCAAGCAUGGUUGAAAAAGUACACCCCAGCUAUUCCUCAUGGAAGCAAAUAUAGGGUCUAUUUUAACACUCCUAGUGGACCACUGGAACGUGUGCCUGCUUGGGCUACUUAUGUGCAACCAGAUACAAACGGGAAUGAAGCUUUUGCCAUCCAUUGGGAACCAGCCCAAGAGCAUGCUUACAAAUGGAAAAACACACCCCCAAAAGUGCCGAAGUCCUUGCGUAUAUAUGAGUGCCAUGUUGGUAUUAGUGGCUCAGAGCCAAAAAUAUCUUCUUUCACUGAUUUCACUGAGAAGGUCCUUCCUCAUGUGAAGGGAGCUGGAUAUAAUGCAAUCCAGUUGAUUGGAGUUGUUGAACACAAAGAUUAUUUCACUGUUGGCUAUCGGGUCACCAAUUUGUAUGCGGUUAGCAGCCGAUAUGGCACUCCUGAUGACUUCAAACGCUUGGUUGAUGAAGCACAUGGUCAUCAUUCCUUAUCUGAUACUGAUUCAUUUGAUUCAUUAAACUUUAAGCAGAACAGUGGGAAGGCUAAAGGUCUUGUAUCAUCUGGACUGGGACUGCUGGUGUUCUUAGACAUUGUUCACUCCUACUCAGCUGCAGAUGAGAUGGUUGGGCUAUCACUAUUUGAUGGAUCAAAUGAUUGCUACUUUCACACUGGUAAAAGAGGAGUUCACAAAUAUUGGGGUACUAGAAUGUUCAAAUAUGGUGACCAUGAAGUAUUACAAUAUCUACUCUCGAAUCUGAAUUGGUGGGUUGUGGAGUAUCACAUAGAUGGUUUCCAGUUCCAUUCACUCUCAUCAAUGAUGUACACGCACAAUGGUUUUGCUUCUUUUACAGGUGACCUGGAAGAGUACUGCAAUCAAUAUGUUGAUAAGGAUGCAUUCUUGUAUCUCAUUUUGGCAAAUGAGCUACUGCAUACUCUUCAUCCUGAUAUCGUAACAAUUGCUGAAGAUGUAGUGGUUCACCAUCUCCAUGUGAAUGGCUCAAUGCAAUUUCUUCUGUGUGCUCUGUUGCUUGUUGUGGGGGAGAUUGUUUUGAGUUUGUUAAUUGUGGAUUUGAAUGCUCAUUGGGGGUUGGGAUUUGAUUAUUAUGUCAACCUUUCUGCACCAGAGAUGUGGUCGUCUUUUCUAAAGAAUAUUCCAGAUCAUGAAUGGAGCAUGAGCAAGAUAGUCAGCGCUUUAAUGGGCAAUAGGCAAUAUGUUGAUAAGAUGCUUAUAUAUGCCGAAAAUCAUAACCAAUCUAUCUCUGGAGGGCAGUCAUUUGCAGAGAUAUUGUUUGGUGAAAUCAACGAGUACACUCCAGGCUCAACAGAAUCUUUGCUUAGAGGAUAUUCACUACACAAAAUGAUCAGAAUGAUUACCUACACAAUUGGUGGGCGUGCUUACCUCAAUUUCAUGGGCAAUGAAUUUGGGCAUCCCAAGAGGGUCGAGUUCCCAAUGCCAAGCAACAACUUCUCAUAUUCGCUUGCUCAUCGUUGUUGGCAUCUUCUGUCAAAUGGAGAAUUGCAUAACAAUUUAUUUUCCUUUGAUAAGGACCUUAUGAAUUUGGAUGAAAAUAACAGAUUGCUUUCAACGGGCUUACCACACAUUCACCAUGUGAAUGACACUACCAUGGUAAUAUCGUACAUAAGAGGCCCUCUCCUCUUUAUAUUCAACUUUCAUCCAACCGAUUCAUAUGAAAGAUACAGUAUAGGUGUGGAAGAAGCUGGAGAGUAUCAAAUCGUACUAAAUACUGAUGAAAAGAAGUAUGGAGGUCAGGGACUUGUAGAUGCUCGUCAAUACCUUCAAAGAACCAUCAGCAAAAAAGCUGAUGGCCUCCGAAACUGCUUAGAACUGCCCCUGCCUAGUAGGACUGCUCAGGAACUUGAAGGCACUCUCAUUGUGACUAGAGCAGGAAACCUUGCUAGCUGCUUUGCGUUUGGCGAUUGUGAGUUUAUAAGGCUCUUUCUUCUUCUUCCUGGAAGCAGUAGAUCUAUCAAGUGA